GCACAUGCACCUAGUAGAGGCUACUUCGAUCAACUAGAAAAUACAGACGAUUUGUAUUUGAAGAAACGAUCAAGGAUGCGUCGUUGGCUUUGCUGUUCCUGUCAAGCAGAGGAGAGUUACCAAGCACACGAAAACGAGCACUUGAAAGCCCCCAAGGAUCAUACAGACGGAAAUCAUAGAAACUCAAGGGUGGCAGCUCCUGUCAAACCUGAAGUGCAAAAAUCACCACCACCUAUCGAAGUUCCUGCACUAUCGUUGGAAGAAUUGAAAGAGAAAACGGACAAUUUUGGAUCAAAGGCUUUGAUCGGUGAGGGUUCUUACGGAAGAGUUUAUUAUGCUAGCUUGAACAAUGGAAAAGCUGUGGCUGUGAAAAAGCUUGAUGUUUCCACUGAGUCUGAGUCGAAUGUGGAGUUUUUGACCCAGGUUUCCAUGGUUUCAAGACUGAAGCAUGACAAUUUUGUCGAGUUGCAAGGUUACUGUGUUGAAGGAAAUCUCCGUGUGCUUGCUUACGAGUUUGCAACAAUGGGUUCACUUCAUGACAUAUUGCAUGGAAGGAAGGGAGUUCAAGGGGCACAACCGGGUCCGGUUCUUGACUGGAUGCAGAGGGUAAGAAUUGCGGUUGAUGCGGCAAGGGGCUUGGAAUAUUUGCACGAGAAGGUUCAACCUUCGAUUAUCCACAGAGAUAUCAGAUCUAGCAAUGUCCUUCUUUUUGAAGACUUCAAAGCGAAGAUUGCAGAUUUUAACCUCUCAAACCAGGCUCCUGACAUGGCUGCUCGUCUUCAUUCUACUCGUGUUUUGGGAACCUUCGGCUAUCAUGCACCUGAGUAUGCAAUGACCGGGCAGUUGACACAGAAGAGUGAUGUUUACAGUUUCGGGGUUGUCCUUUUAGAGCUUCUUACGGGGAGGAAACCUGUUGACCACACAAUGCCUCGUGGACAGCAGAGUCUCGUUACCUGGGCUACUCCAAGACUGAGCGAAGAUAAAGUCAAACAAUGCGUAGAUCCAAAACUGAAGGGAGAGUAUCCUCCCAAAGCAGUUGCUAAGUUGGCAGCUGUGGCGGCAUUAUGCGUGCAGUAUGAAUCUGAGUUCCGUCCAAACAUGAGCAUCGUCGUCAAGGCUCUCCAACCGCUGUUGAAGGCUCCAGUGCCAGCACCAGCACCGGAGACUUAAAACAGCAGACGAGACGAAUCCAAGGUUCUUCGCCAUUUAUUGAAAUUUCGAUGACUUAUGAUAGUUUGGUUUCGUAAUCAAAAUACAGAUUUUCAUCUGAUCACUAAAUAUUAAUUAUAUACGUUUUUCUAUUCCUUCCUAUAUAACAUUCAAGUGUAGGAUUGGGUUUGGUCUGUUUAGUAUCUGUUAGUUGCCGGGUUUUUUCGGACUCGUAAUGUCGUGUUUUUUCGGAUGUAGUCGUAAAAUUGACCGAGGGAUUGGGUUGUAACUGAGGGAUUGGGUCGUGUCAGUGAGUAUCGUUUGGUUUGUACCAUUUUUUUUUUUUUUGUUUUCUUCGUUGUGGUUCGUAAAUUUGUAUGAAUAUUUUCGCUUAGAAUGAUUGGAACUAAUCGAAGUGUUUGUAGCAUGUAAUUUGUUGACGAUGUCUUAUCUUCCAUGGAGGAAAAGUAAAGGGUUUGGUUUUCUAAA